CUCUAUCUAUCUCUCUCUCCCUCCCAUAAACCCUAAUUUAGAAAAGAAGGGUUUAUUACAAACACCACAUUUUUUCACAGCCAAAGUGAGAGUGAAUGGCUGAAAGUAUGGAAAAACCACCGAAAGAUAUUGCACGCAAGGAAGAAGAGGAGGAAGAGGAACAAAGCUUCGAAGAGCUAGGGUUGGACCCUCGUCUUAUACGUGCCUUAAUAAAGAAGGGGAUUGAGAAGCCCACUCCGAUUCAGCUAGUCGCUAUUCCUCUAAUAUUAGAAGGUAAGGACGUAGUUGCCCGUGCAAAGACAGGGUCUGGGAAGACUUUUGCAUACCUCCUUCCAUUACUUCAGAAGCUGUUUGCUGCUUCUGGUUCAAAGAAUAAGCUUGCUCCGAGUGCAUUCAUUCUUGUCCCAACUCGUGAGCUGUGUCAGCAGGUUUAUACAGAGGUCUCAUCUCUCAUUGAAUUAUGUAGAGUUCAAUUGAAAGUUGUACAAUUGACGAGCAGUAUGCCUGCUUCUGAUUUGCGGACUGCAUUAGCAGGACCUCCUGAUAUUCUGGUUUCUACACCUGCUUGUAUACCAAAAUGCUUUUCAGCUGGUGUACUUCAACCAGCAUCCAUCAAUGGUUCACUUGAAAUUUUAGUACUUGAUGAGGCAGAUCUUCUAUUGUCAUACGGCUAUGAAGAUGAUAUAAAAGCUUUUACAGCUCAUAUCCCUAAACGUUGUCAGUGCCUUCUUAUGUCUGCUACAUCAAGUGGUGAUGUUGAGAAAUUGAAGAAGCUGAUUUUACACAACGCCUUCAUUUUGACCUUGCCAGAAGUGGGAGAUAUUAAGGAUGAGGUUAUCCCGAAAAAUGUUCAGCAAUUUUGGAUUUCAUGCAGUGGUCGUGAUAAAUUACUUUACAUCCUUGCCCUCUUGAAGUUGGAGCUGGUUCAAAAGAAAGUUCUGAUAUUUACCAACACCAUUGACAUGGGUUAUAGAGUGAAAUUAUUUCUGGAAAAGUUUGGAAUUAAGUCUGCUGUUUUAAAUGCUGAGUUGCCACAGAAUUCUCGUCUCCAUAUUCUUGAGGAAUUCAAUGCUGGGCUUUUCGAUUAUUUAAUUGCAACUGAUGACAGCCAAACAAAAGAGAAGGAAGAAGCCAAUGUGGAAAGUAAUGCUGAACCAAGAAAGUCUAGAAAGCACACCAAGCAAAAACUAGACUCUGAAUUUGGAGUGGUGAGGGGUAUUGAUUUCAAAAAUGUACACACGGUUAUAAAUUUCGAGAUGCCUCAAAGCGCUGCUGGAUAUGUACAUAGAAUUGGACGCACUGGAAGAGCAUACAAUACUGGUUCUUCUAUCUCUCUUGUUUCUUCAGAUGAAAUGGAAGUUUUUGAAGAAAUAAAAUAUUUUUUAGGGGAAGAUGAAAACAAGGACUCAAACUUAAUUUCUCCAUUUUCUUUACUCUCUAAGAAUGCAGUGGAAUCUUUACGAUACAGAGCUGAGGAUGUUGCGAAGAGUGUGACAAAAGUUGCGGUUAGAGAGUCACGAGCUCAAGAUUUGAGGAAUGAAAUUCUCAACUCUGAAAAGUUAAAAGCUCAUUUUGAAGUUAAUCCAAGGGACUUAGAUCUAUUGAAACAUGACAAAGUUCUCAGCAAGAAGCCCCCUGCUCCUCACCUACGUGAUGUGCCCGACUACCUUUUGGACCCAACAACUCAAGAAGCCAGCAAAUUUGUUAAGCUUGCUAGGGCUGCAAUGGGAAAUACCAACCCUGCUCGCCGCGGGGGAUCUAAGAGAAAAUUCAAAAAAAAUAAAGACCCUCUCAAGACAUUCUCUGCCGAGUCACAGGCACCAAAAAGAGCUCGCAAUGGUGGGAUGAAGAGAGAGGACAAAGAUGGUAACAGCCAUAAACACAAAAACAGAAAAUCUAGUUGAUUUAAUAUUUUUAGCUGUAAAUCCCUGUAACCUGGGGUCUGCAACAAAGCCCCUCAGUUUUGUAUUAAAUUAUGCGUUAAAUUUGAGUUCCCCUUCAAAUGGUUCUAUAUCCAGAUAUGCAUUAUCGAAAUUUCCUCAUACAAUUCUAGUUUCA